AUGGCUGCUACAAUAAAGGAGUGUCUCGAGCUGCAGCUCCUGGAAGUGGAAAUGCUCCUCUCAAUGUUUCCUAAGGAAGGGGAAAUAAAAGUGCAUGACGAGGAUGCUGUGCCUCGAGUGCAGCGCUACCUGAGAAGCUCCGAAGCUGCUCUGCCCCCCCAGCUCGAGUAUUCAGUUGCUGUUGAUGUGGGGGAGUCCAAGGUGAGAGUAGAACUGCAGGUGCUGUUGCCUCACCUCUAUCCUCAUGUAGCCCCUCAACUUUUUGCCAGAUCGGAUGUGCUGAACAGGCAGCAGCAGCUGCAGCUCAACACUGGCCUCGCUUCCCACAUGAGCUCUGUGGACGCGGGGGAGCUCUGCGUGUGUGCGGCUGUGCAGUGGGUGAAGGACAACAGCCUGCCCUACUUCCAAAACCAUCAGCUCCCUUCUGGAGGUCCUUCGAAGGAAGAAGGAUUUAAAGAAACGUUUCAUCGCAUGUGGAUCUACAGCCACCACAUAUAUAGGCAGGAAUUGAGAAAGAAGAUUUUUGAGUGUGCAAAGAAGUUAAAUCUGACUGGCUUCUGCCUAACAGGAAAACCUGGUGUGAUCUGUGUGGAGGGCAUCAGAGAGAACUGUGAUGAGUUCUGGCGUGUCAUUAGGUACCCCAAUUGGAAGCAUAUUUCAUGCAAGCAUGUGGAGAGUAUAGAAACUGGGGGCAACAUUGAUAGUCUUCGUCUCUUUCCUGCUUUUGAAGACCUGCAGUUUCAGGCACAUGGUGAUUAUGGCCUGAGGAAUGACUAUCACAUGGAUCUGGGCCAGUUCCGAGAAUUCCUGGAACAACAUCAGAGUGGACAUAUUUUUCAGAUUUUAUUUGGUGUCGAAGGCAAACUUUCAAACAAGUAAGAGAAACCGUGUAAAGGAGUUUCAAUUUUGGACAGCAGGUAAUGAAGUAAGCAUUGAAAUUCUGUGCCUUACAGCUACUGCGAAAAGGGAAACUGUUCAAGAGACAAGGAAUGCAGUUCAAGGAGUUAAUCUUGGU